GACAUGGCCCACCGGGGUGGGGAGCGGGACUUCCAGACGUCAGCCAGACGCAUGGGGACCUCCCUGCUCUUCCAGCUUUCGGUGCACGAGCGGGAACUGGACCUGGUCUUCCUGGACCAUAGCUAUGCCAAGCCGUGGAGUGCCCACCCGGAUGCCAGUAGUGCCCGCCCCACGCGCAUGCUCUUUGUCACGCCCCGGAGGCAACAUGAAAGUGCCGUUGAAUCAGAUGUUCCAAUAGAUGUGGAGACAGUCACAUCAACACCUGUGCCACUUUAUGACAAUCAGAAGGCACGAAGUGUGAUGAAUGAGUGUGAACGGCACGUCAUCUUUGCCAGGACUGAUGCGGAUGCCCCUCCCCCACCAGAGGACUGGGAGGAGCACGUCAACAGAACUGGCUGGACUAUGGCCCAGAACAAAUUAUUCAACAAGAUUCUUAAAGCCUUGCAGUCUGAUCGGCUUGCCCGCUUGGCCAACGAAGGGGCUUGCAAUGAGCCAGUGCUACGCCGAGUUGCUGUGGACAAGUGUGCAAGGAGAGUGCGACAGGCCCUGGCAAGUGUGAGCUGGGACACAAAGCUGAUCCAGUGGCUACACACCUCCCUGGUGGAGACUUUGAGUCUGCCUAUGCUGGCAGCCUACCUGGAUGCUUUGCAGACACUGAAAGGGAAGAUCCCUACCUUGAUUGACCGAAUGCUUGUGUCAUCCAAUACGAAAACUGGAGCUGCUGGAGCAGAAGCUUUGUCCCUCCUCCUGAAAAGGCCUUGGGACCCUGCUGUUGGGGUGCUUUCUCAUAACAAACCUAGCAAACUCCCUGGCUCGCCGCUCAUCAUCAUUGCCUCCUCUGGACCCUCCAGCUCCGUGUUUCCCACCUCACGCCGCCACCGUUUCUGGCAGUCUCAGCUCUCCUGCUUAGGCAAGGUCAUCCCAGUGGCCACCCAUCUACUGAACAAUGGUAGUGGGGUCGGAGUGCUGCAGUGUCUUGAGCACAUGAUUGGGGCUGUGAGGAGCAAAGUACUAGAGAUUCACAGCCAUUUUCCCCACAAACCCAUUAUCCUGAUUGGCUGGAACACAGGAGCUUUGGUGGCCUGUCAUGUGUCGGUGAUGGAGUAUGUCACUGCAGUUGUCUGCCUUGGGUUUCCUCUGCUAACUGUGGAUGGCCCCAGAGGGGAUGUGGAUGAUCCACUUUUGGAUAUGAAGACACCAGUCCUCUUUGUCAUUGGUCAGAAUUCCUUGCAGUGUCACCCUGAAGCCAUGGAGGACUUUCGGGAGAAGAUUCGGGCUGAAAACAGCUUGGUGGUGGUUGGGGGAGCUGAUGAUAAUCUCAGAAUAAGCAAAGCAAAGAAGAAAUCAGAAGGAUUGACUCAGAGCAUGGUGGACAGAUGCAUUCAGGAUGAGAUUGUUGACUUUCUGACGGGAGUGCUCACUCGAACCGAGGGCCAUGUGGGCUCUGAGCCCCGGGAUCAGGAUGCUGAGAAGAAGAAAAAGCCUCGGGACAUUACGCGCAGAGACCUGGCCUUUGAGAUCCCCGAGCGGGCCAGUCGACCUGCCUCACCAGCUGCCAAGUUGCCUGCCUCUCCUUCAGGCUCAGAGGAUCUCUCCAGUGUGUCCAGCAGUCCCACCUCCAGUCCCAAGACCAAAGUGACCGCAGUGACCUCUGCUCAGAAAUGCAGUCAGGUUGGGAGCUCUCAACUGCUGAAAAGACACGUGCAGCGGACAGAAGCUGUACUGACUCACAAACAAGCCCAAGCACAGUUUGCUGCUUUUCUGAAACAAAAUAUGCUGGUGAGGAAAGCUCUUCCUCCUGGCACCUCCUCUUGUCUCUUUGUUCCCAUUUCAUCAGAACAAACAGAAGAAACAGAGAAAGAUGAUCUUAGGGUCCAGCUGAAGCGGCACCCUCCCUCCAGUCCUCUUCCUUGUAGUAAAACCUCCAAGCGACCCAAGAUAAAGGUGUCCCUUAUCUCCCAAGGAGAUGCAACUGGAGGGCCUUAUACGUCUUCCCAGGGAGCAGCUCCAGAGGUUGCGGGAGGUAAGCCCAUCACCAUGACUCUGGGACAAGCUUCUGGAGGGGCCAAGGAGCUCACCGGGCUUCUCACCACAGCCAAGUCGAGUGCUUCAGAAGGGGGCGUGUCACUCAACCCAGCCUCUUCAGUGGUCUCCAGCAGUACAGCGCCUAGCACCCUGCACACACUCCAGAGCCGCCUGGUGGCCACCUCUCCUGGCAGCUCCCUCCCAGGGGCCACAUCAGCCAGCAGCCUCCUCCAAGGCCUCAGCUUCAGCUUGCAGGAUAUCAGCAGUAAGACCUCCGGCCUCCCAACAAAUCCCUCUCCAGGGCCCACCUCACAGGCCACCAGUGUGAAGUUGCCCACCCCCAUGCAGAGCCUGGGUGCCAUCACCACGGGCACCAGCACCAUUGUUCGUACCAUUCCUGUGGCCACCACUCUCUCCUCCUUGGGUGCCACUCCUGGUGGGAAGCCCACAGCCAUCCACCAGCUGCUGACCAAUGGGGGCCUCGCUAAGUUGGCAAGCAGCCUCCCUGGCCUGGCUCAGAUCUCUAAUCAAGCAUCAGGCCUGAAGGUCCCUACUACCAUCACUCUGACGCUCCGUGGCCAGCCAAGCAGAAUCACCACACUGAGCCCCAUGGGCUCAGGAACAGCCUUGUCAGAGGAGUCUGCCUCCCAGGUACUGCCUUCCAACUCACAGCGCCUGCCUCCAGCACCCUGAAGAUGCCGUGUGAUUUGCCCUUCUUUGCCGGUUGGUGAUGGAUGUUGCACAGUGAGCCCUGGACAUGUGCUGUCCUGUUGAGCUGUCCACUUGUCUGAAGACAGUCAUUUCUUCUUCCUACCACUGUCUCAAGGGUUGUGCCUCAGGGUUUUAUGAAACCAGUAGGCAAGAGGCUAGGGGAGCGGUAUCCUCCAGCAUCUCUAGGUCAGUUCCACAGGUUCUUCAGCAGAUCAGAGGCAUGGAUCAGGCACUCUUUCCCAGCAUUUGCUGUGAUUGGACCAAUGGCUGUGUUAGCCUGCUCGCUGCACUUCGUAAAGGAGUUCCUUUUGGAAAACUGUGCUGUUCCUGUGCCAAGUUGGGAGAGAUGUCCCACUGGGCUGGGGGCGGCAGGAGUUAAGACUGAGAGCCCUGUGCUUCGGACCAGGAUUAUCCAGACCUGUUGGUUGUUCCAUGCCCAGAGGUUUUGUUUCGAUAUCACUGUUGCCUUCACUUAGAUGCUAUCAGAGACUGUGUACCAGCAACUACUACUUAGGAACCACAUCAGAUACUGAGUAGCCUGAUGAGGCCCAGGAGCUUCUAAUUUCAGAUCCACCAUCAGGUACAGAGAAGUAAACUCUCAUCCUUCAGUCUCUUUGGCCACUGCACACAUGGGAAACAGCGAUCACAGGAGAUGAAACUGGCCCCAUUUUCUUUUUAUCGUGCUUUGAGUACUUCGUCUAGAGCCUCUGAAGAGUGGGCAAAGGGGGAGAAGUUGAAGAGGAUGGAGAAGCAAAUGAAGUGACUUAAAGAACGUGCUAAUAAGUCCUGUGGUGAAGAAAAUUUUGGCUAAGGCUUUGCUUUCAGCUCCUAAGAACUGUUGAUUCAGUGUCCCCUUAUCGCCAGAAAGCUUGGGCAUUGAGUCAACAAAGACCAUGCUGCAGUAUCUUGAGUCUGUGCGGCACUUUGUGUUCUUGCUUAGGAAUGGGAAAAUUACUGUCAGUGAUACUACUGUGCCCUUGGCACCAGCCUGAGUCCUGGUGGUAGAGAUCCUGGAGAAGUGAAGCUGAAGAUGGGCCCUGAGCCUCUCCUUACCAAACCCCUUGAUGCUAUGUGCAAAGGCAGUUUGGCACAUGGCUUAGAAUAUCUGCUGCAGAGUAGGCUUCUUUUCUUUUCCCCCAGCUCAGGUGAUAGUUGAGGCAACCCAGAUGUGACUGCUGGAGGAAGGACCCACAGCAUGCCAUGGCUGGAGUUGUGUUAUUGUGCGUUCUAAAGGAUGGCCAAACCAGGUCAUCUGCUCCUGAGGUUCCUCUGAUCCACUUAGCAACCUCUCCUGCCAGAGUGAGUGGCCACCAGGAUGAGCAUUUAACAUGCAGAAGUAUUAGGUGAGGCAGAUUGGGCACUACGGGUGAAGCUGCAAGGGCAGUUGUCAUGAAUGGAGAUGUAUGUCCUUCUGGAGAACAGCAGAGAUUGACACAGAAUAUAGCUCAUUACAGUCUUGGCAUUGGCUGCUGUGUAACUUACUUUGUGACAUUCAGGAAUCGUUUAGGAAAAGUGAGGAAGGUAUGAAAUCUGAAAAGCAUCUAGGAUCAGAGAGUUUUUGACUGUAUAGAUAGUACAGCAAUAACGUAAGAACCGAAAACAGUGAAAUGUGAGAUUUCGUGGGGCUUCAAGGAAUCGCUUGAGUGAGGCAGAAGAAAGCUCUUAUUCCCGACAGAUGAGUAGCCUGCACAGUGCUGCUGGGGCUGCUGCAGGUGUUGGCUUCUUAUGUGGAGCAAAGGAAAAACGUUUAUGUAAAUCUUAAUGUGCUUUCUCUGGAAAACUUUCUGGGUUGGGUUGUAUAACUUGAAGAAUGUCAAAAUGGGGAGCUAUAAGACGUUUGAUUCCUCUUCAUCUUGGAAGAAUAGACUGAAGAUAGAAGGUUGAAAUCUACUGUAGAGUUAUUCCAUACUUUUCCACCAUAUUCCUUGAAAUGUUUUAAAAGGGGAUCUUCCUAGCUAUCACAUAGCAGAACAGGAAUAUGUAUUAUCAAAGAUGGUACCCCUGGCUGAAAAUGUAGAAAGAGCAAAAAGCCUUAAUUAAUGCAUUUGGGUAACCUAAGGAAGAAACCGUACUGCUUUCAGAAAAGGACACUCAAAAGACCUUUUCUCCGUUCUUAGCCCCACCACUUGGAUUGGGUGGGUUAUGGAUCCGUUACAAUGGUUCUAUUCUCACACGAGCAAAAAUAAAAUAAUGUUAAAUUGCUUCAAGUUGUAGUUGAAUUGCUUCAACUUUCCAGUUGAUAUUUUUAUGUUUAUUCUUAUAACCAUUCAGUGAAGAGACAAAAAAAAAUAAAAAGCUAAAAUACUGUGGUGAGCCUUUCGUCUUCUACUGAUGCCAAGUGCUAUG